GGGAGAAAGUUAGAGAGCUCUUUGCCAUAUUUUACUCUUGGUUUUCAAUCAAUCAGGGUUUUGGGGUCAAAAAUAGAUAAAAAGCAAAGGGCUUUUACUCUUUUUUUCCACCCAUAUCUCUCUCUCUCUGGAAAAAUGGGGGGUGAGGGGACCUGCCAAGAACAGUGGGUUGAUCAGAGAGAAUCCAGAUAUUUUGAUUGUGAUGAUUGCAGAUAAGCAGCAGAUAAUGAGAGGUGGUGAGGAGGACAAAAAAGAUCAGAAUGUGAGAAGGCAAAGACAUGCAUGGGCCCUCUCUAAACUCUGCAGAGCAAAUGAGAGUCUCUCUCUCUCUCGCGCUCUCUCUCUCUCUCUAUAGCUUAAUUAAAUUCAAUGGGUCCAUUUCAUAUUUUCAUGCAUUCAACUCCACGUCUGUGACAAAAGCACUUAAAUUCUGUGACAAAAGCUUUUUUCAUGUGUGAGUUUUAGUUUUCUUCGGCUUUUUUCACUCUCUCUCCCUCUCUUUGUUUCUUUUAUUGGGUUCUCAGAGAUGGGUGUCCUUUAUUUUUCAGACCCAUUUCUGUUUCUUCCUUUAAAUCUUGUGGCUUCAAGCUAGAGAGAGAGAGAAAGAGAGAGAGAGAGAUGAACUCUGAAACUUUGAUGGGUCCUCUGAUUCCUGAAACUAUUCAGUCUCUUGGGUUUUGGUUUUUAGCUUGAAAGAAAGUAAAAAAAAUCCCACUUUUCUGUUCAUUCAAAACAAAAGACUUCAACUUUUUGCGUUGCUUUUAUAUUUCUUGUGAUUGGAGAAAGGUGGGAGGGAAGGAGAAUGCGUGAGGCCUCAUUAGCUUUCUCUCCUUGCUUUUUUUGUUAAAGAAGGAACAAAGUUACUAGCUCACCACUGCAUAUUCUGCCUUCCUUUUUAUUUUAUUUUUUGCGUUGUACUCCUUUUUGGCUUUAAGGAUAAAGCAAAAGAAUCAUAUCUUUUGUGAGCUUUCUGGUUUUAUUAUUCUUGCUACGAGAAUUAUACAAACAUUCUGAGUCAAUCAACAUUCCCACCUUUCUUUUCAUUGGAAGUUUUGGGGGUCUGAUAUGGGAAAAGUCCCAUGAAUCUGCUUGAAGGUUUUUCAUAAAUUUGAUUUGCUUCAGAGAAGGUGUUUUGGGGAAGAAUCUGCGUUCUCAGGCAAAGAUUGAUUGAAAUUGAUUAGCUCAUGAUUGGAAGAGAGUUGCCUGAUAGAGUUGCCUGAUAGAAUAUUCAUCUCCCUGAUUUUUAGUAAUGCCAAAUGAAAUGUGAAGUUUGUUGCCCUGUGAUAUGAUGGAUAACGAGAUGUAUAAUGGUCGGGCGGAUGGCCGAAGUUCUCUUGUCAUGGAGGGGGUUGUACCACACACAACAAUGAACUCACUUAUUCAGUCCAAUUCAUUUGAUCUCGAUCAUCAAAACCGUAUGAUGGCGUUGAUUCCAGUGCUUUCGACCUUUCAAGGAGAACCUGUCAUGGAUUCUGAUUCUGAUCUUAUCGCUGCAAACGGCGUUAGUGUGGCUGAAAUGAGUCCAUUUCUUACUUCUCAAAGAAGGAACAAUGUGGGAGACUCUUCAUUCGUAAGUUCAAGUUUCGCAGAUAGCACGGUGUUCCAAGCAACACCUCAAUCUUCUGCUUCACUUGCUGCACUUUUUGCGGCAAGGGGUAGUAGUCUUCAAGAAAAUCUCAACAAUUUAGCAAUUUCAGCAAUGCCGAUUAAUUCUUCAGAAGUUUAUGUUUCGAAUGACUGCUCUAACAACUCGAAUUCUCUGUUCACGACCGCUGUGAAUUGUGGAUAUGAUGAAAUGCUUGGUAGCAUAAAUAGACAAUGGGAGAUCAACAAAUACUCAGCUCUUUCGGAACUUGGUGAAAGAUCUUCAGUAAGAACAGGACUUCAACCUUAUUCAUCCGUUGGAAAUGUGGAUCCAAAUGGAUGGUUAUCAUCAGAUGGUGCAAGUGUGAUGGCAUAUAAUUCUUACAGUUCCUCGAAAUUUAGUAACGAGCUUGCUCUAACUCUUGCCACGUCCAGGCCUUUGGAUAUCAGAAAGCAAUAUCCCGAUGUUGGUUCAUCAGGGGUUGCUCAGCCUUGUCUGAAUCAAACAAGGUUUGCCUCACCAGAGCAAAAUUCUAGUAACAGUGAGAAGCUUUCCGGGAGUUACAGUUCUUGCAAACCACCUCAGUUAUCCCAAGUAAUAUGUGGAUCAAGAUAUCUUCAUGUGGUUCAGGAAAUACUUUCUGAUAUUGCAAAUUAUUCGCUAGAAAAUCUAGACCAGUCGAGUUUUUCAUCUGUCAGGCUUGUGUCUGAGAGCGGGAUGUCGGCGAUGGAUGAUGGUUUAGAUGGUAGAUUUGAGGUACCAAAGGAGCCUGCAGUGCGAAAACAGGAAAUCAAAGCAAAGAAAACCAAAUUGCUGGCCCUUUUACAGACGCUUGAUGACUGCUACAACCAAUGUGCCGAUGAGAUUCAUACAGUUGUAUCAGCAUUUCAUGCUGCAACCGAGACAGAUCCUCAUAUACACGCUCGUUUUGCGCUUCAAACCAUAUCUGUGCUGUAUAAAAGUCUGAGGGAGCGGAUUAGCGCACAUUUCCUUUCAAUAAGUGAAAAUUCAAGCCCUGCAUCCCCCAGUGAGAGUGAAAGGUCUUUUGAAAUCCAAAAGCAGUUGGCUCUUCAGCAUCUAAAGAAGAAAGAACAUCAAAUAUGGAGACCUCAGAGAGGCUUGCCUGAAAGAUCCGUCUCAGUGUUACGCGCCUGGAUGUUUCAGAACUUCCUUCAUCCGUACCCUAAAGAUUCGGAGAAGCAUGUUCUUGCAGUGAAAAGUGGAUUGACAAGAAACCAGGUAUCCAAUUGGUUCAUAAAUGCUCGUGUCCGGCUAUGGAAACCGAUGAUAGAUGAAAUGUACUCGGAGAUGAACCGAAGAAAGACUCGUCAGAACGAUAACCUCGAGAGAAACCACAAAAGCCACCACAUUAGGAUUAACACUCACAAAUUUGGUGUCAAUUGAAGGUUUUUGGAAGGUACAUAGCAAAUGGAAGGAAUGGGCAUUUCGGGAUCAUUUUGUAGGGAAACAAUGCAAAUAUUGCAAGUGUAUAUUCCUCUAUGCAAGCUAAAAGUUUUAAGGAGUAGUUUCUUGUAAGCAAAAGCACAAUUGAAGUUCUGAUAACCGAUGCCUAAUCUUGGUUCUAAAUAAUUUAUUUCCCUUAACCCAAAUAUUAACCUUAAUUACCUUUUUAAUAUAAAUAUUAUUUAUGAAUACU